AUAGAUCUUAAACAAUAUUCCCAUGAAUUUUACUCUGAAGCUCAGGUGUGUUCCAAGUGACAUCCCUCUGUCAUGGUGUCCAGCACCGUAUGGCUUCAAUCCAAUACUCACUCCGGCCCUACAGGCCUCCCGGAUCCGGAACGCCUUCGAGCGACUCGCUCCCGCUUGAGGCCGGAUUUCGACUCUAUCUUACCUCGAUAGAUCUGGUCCAACUCAAAUUGCGGCCAGGACAACUCUGUGAAGUCAAAUCUGGCUCCGGGUCCUGCAUCGGCGUUGCAUGGAAAUCAACCGAGCCGGACACCAACAACCAGGCGCGAAAUGCCAAAGUUCCGGAUACCUUUCGGGCAUUUUAUGGUCUCCAGCUCAAAGAUAAAGUGUCCUUAUCAGGCUAUGAUGGUACAUUACCGCUUGCUUCUGAGGUAACGAUCAGUGAUGCAAAGGGGACAUCGGGGAGCAAGGAUCGUGAUGACCAGGAGGACUGGGACGGGCUUGCAUAUUGUGCUCUACAGGGUAUCGAUGCCAUAUGUCAGAAUGGCACAUUUGAUGCAGUUGUCCGUCGCGGAGAAAAUCAGUCCAUGAAGAGGACGUUCAAAAUUACACACAUUCAACACGAUUCAGAAGGAGUCGGCUCAAACGAGUCAGAGCUCUCAACCAGACUGUUCGGAGUCAAUUCAAAAACAAAAGUUCGAUUCCAAGCCCAUGGAGCACCUCGACGAUUUGGAACAAGAGCCGCUACAGCCUCCUUCAGAGAUAUCGCCGGUCUUGAUCACCAGCUCCAAGAGAUGAAGGAGUUCUUGGAUAUACCAUCCCAACCCGUUCGGGCAGGAGCACGGAACACCGACUUAAAUGCAUAUAAAACGUUACUCGUAUACGGUGCUGAAGGCACUGGUAAGAGCUUAGUAUUGAAUGCACUCUUAACCCAAGUAGACCGAGUUAAACGACUCCACGACCUCAGCGGCACAGCGAGAUCCGUUACACUACUCGAAACAGCAUUCCAGGAUGCACUCCGAGACCAACCUAGCUUUAUAGUUGUCGAUGAUAUCGAUGAGCUUUUGGGGAAGUCAGAUCAGUCAUCCGGACCGCUCAUUGCGGUUCUUGCCCGAAACCUCGAUUCCCUCGACGGGUCGCAGGUGGCGUUCGUUGCGACGGCUAUUACACCGAACAAUAUACCGGCGAAGCUACGCCGACGAUUCGCAGCGGAAAUCGAGUUGCCCAUCCCUGACGCGACGGCGAGGGCACAGAUUCUCAACAAGCUGAUUGGGGACCGAGCUCGCAUUGAGCCUAAUGUCCUCAGUGUAGUUGCCCUCAGGUCGCACGGAUACGUCGGUAGCGAUCUAAGGUUCGUUGCCAGCAGAGCAUACCGCCAUUUCCGCUCAAGACAGUCACAACAAGAACCUAUUGCAUCAGAAGACCAGGCUACCAAAGACGACAGUAUAAACGGCGACCUCGCCGAAAUCUCAUCCCCCCUCGCAUCCCUUUCCCUCACGUCACUCUCCUUAGAAGACUUCUCCCACGCCCUCUCCCGCGUCCACCCCUCCGCCCUCAAAGAACUUUUCAUCGAAACUCCCCAAGUCCAAUGGACCGACAUCGGCGGCUACGCCACUAUCAAACGCAAACUCUACGACGCCACCACCCGCGUCAUCUCCGACCCUGAGCUCAUGCUCCGACUCACCGUCCGCCCGCCGCGUGGAAUUCUCCUCUACGGCCCGCCCGGCUGCUCCAAGACCCUGACCGCCCGCGCAGCCGCGACAGCCUCGGGGUUCAGCUUCAUCGCGAUCAAGGGCGCGCAGUUGAUCAAUAUGUACGUCGGCGAGACGGAGCGGGCGAUCCGGGAAGUAUUCCGGAAAGCGCGGGCAGCGGCGCCGACGAUUAUCUUUUUCGACGAGAUUGACGCGAUCGCGGUGAGCCGAGAGGGUGGAGGCGGCGGUAGCAGCGGGGCGGUCAGUGGGCUGAACACGGUGACGACCUUGCUAAAUGAGAUGGAUGGGAUCGAGGAACUGCGCGGGGUAUUGGUGCUGGCGGCGACGAACCGGCCGGAUGUGUUGGAUAAGGCGCUGUUACGGCCGGGGCGAUUUUCUCAGUUGCUGUAUGUUGGACCACCGGAUGAGGAGGCGAGGUUGCAGAUUUUGCAGAUCAGGACGAAGAAGACGCCGUUGGCUGCGGAUGUGGAUUUGAAAGAGCUUACGCUACGGUUGGAAGGCUAUACCGGGGCUGAAGUUGUCAAUGUCGUCGAUGCUGCGUGCGACAAAGCGUAUACGGAAUGCAGGGAGAAAUCAGGGGCAGAGGAGGUCGCUAGCAGACAUUUUGAUGACGCACUGAAGGAAGUGCAUGCGAGUUUGACGAGUGAGGCGGAGGCCUUAUAUCGAGAAUGGGCUCUUGAUACGGAGAGGAAACUAUAGAGUUCUUCUGUACAAGUCAAUUCGAUGUACAAACGACGGUUCAACUACAAGGGCACGUGGAGAUGUGAUUCCCAAUGUAUAUGCCUCCAUUCUCUAUAAUCAGCGGGCAGAUUCAUAGGCGACAACGACCGCAAUACCGGUAGGGGCGUUCCAAAAUCACUUAUCAAAUCCAUCACCAAUGAAGCAAAUCAACACCCUACUCCACCAUCCC